AUGAGCCUGGCCAGCACAGCCGCUGUCGACAGGCUCGUGCUCCAGUACCUGAAGCGGAGAAGGCUGCACGAGGCGGGGAAGGUGCUGUCCCUGGAGCUGCGCGCCAGCUGCGCGCCGGAGGACGUUGAGAUGCAGGCCUGGUCCGAGGUGAAUGACGGCGACGACGACGGCGCCCUGCUGGAGGCCUUGGCCCUGGACGGCUCGGAGCCGGCCGCCUACGCCCGGGCCUACACCGCCUUUGCCGCCUGGGUGGACGCCUCCCUAGACCUCUACAAGCCCGAGCUGGCAUGCCUGCUGUACCCCGUGCUCGUGCACGUGUCCCUGAGCCUGGUGGAGCGCGGCGCGGCGAGCGAGGCCCACGCGCUCCUCGCCGAGCAUGGCCCGCGCUUCGCCGCGGCGGGGUCCGGCCCCGCCGCUGAGCACCGCGCGCGGGAGCUGCAGAGCCUGCAGACGCUGACGGGGCGGGAGCAGCUGGCUGGGAAUGCAGCGGCCGCCGCCUGGCGCGCGCGCCGCGCCGGCGUGCGCCUGUCGGCCUACUCCCACGGCCUGCUCCUGCGCGCGCUGCAGACCCCGGCGCUGCAGCUCAUCCUGGGCGUCGUGAACGGGCACGGGAGCGUCGAGGACGCGUGGGCGCAGGCCAAGUUCGAUCGCUUGGAGCGUGAGGCGGCGGCGGAGGCCGACGCCGGGGCGGGAAGCGCGGACGGCGCGACGAAAAAGCAGCGCGCCGCGCUGGCCAAGGCUGCGGCCGACGCCAAGGCGCAGAGGGAGUCCGUCGCCGCAAACCGCAUGGCAUGCGAGAUCCCGCUCCCCCCGCGGACCGAGGAGGAAAGCGCGGCCCUGGCGUCGGAGCUGGACGGGCGUGUGGCUGUGUCGCCCUCCGCGCUGCCCUCCGCGCUGCUGUGCACCUUUGUGAACACGCACGCCUCGCUGGCGGCGGCGGCCGUGGCCCUGGACGCGCGCUGCGUCGCGGGCGGCUUUGCCGACGGCAGCGUGCGCCUGCACGACCUGGGCCAGGGCGGCGGCGCCGCCGCGGUCCUGCGCGGGCACGAGGCGGGGGUGCACGGCGUGGCCCUCUCCCCCGACGCCAGCCUGGCGCUGUCCUGCUCCGCGGACGGCAGCGUGCGGCUGUGGAGCCGCGCGCUGGGUGCGGGGCUAGUGGCCUGGCGCGGCGCGGGCCCCGGCGCCAGCCCCGUGUGGGACGUGGCCUGGUGCCCCGCGUCGCCCGCGGGCCACUACUUUGCCACGGGGGGCGCUGACCGCGCGCUGCGCGUGUGGAGCGUGGAGCGCGCGCGGGCGCUGCGCCUGUGCGCCGGCGCGGGCGCCGACGUGGACGCCGUGGCCUGGCACCCCAACGCGCACGUCGCCACCCCGGUCCUGGCGCUGGAGUUCAGCCACAGGAACCUGCUGCUGGGCGCGGGUGCGCUGGCCCUGUACCGCCCGCGCAAGGUGUGA